CAAAAAAUUGAACAACAUCGGAAAAUUAGUAAGCAACAAAUUAAAAUGGAAAAAGUAACAAACAUUUUCUUCGUUCUUCUCCUAAUUUCUUCAUGUCUGAUUAUGAGGAGUGAAGGUCAGUUUCAAUGUAAGACUGUUGCGGAUUGUGGUCUUCGUAGUUGCAAACAUGGGGAGCAUCCAUAUUGUGAAAACCACAAAUGUUUAUGUGCUCAUGGUGUUCUUCUUGGUGGUAUAUGUGAUAACCUCCAAGACUGUGACCUUUCUGCACAUUGUCCACCAAACAAUCAUGUUUCCUGCGAUCUAAACAUCUGCACUUGUCACCCCAAUUGAUUUAAAUUGUCUCUAAUGAUUGGAGUAAUUUUGAUAUAAUGUCUUAUAUAGGAAGAAAAUUCCAUUCUAAUUUCUUCUAGUUGAGAUGUAAUAUCUGUGGACAUCUGUAAUAAUAAUAAUAUUGAGUUUUUAACCAUUUAUAAGUAUCAAAGUCUUCUUGAGCUUCAAA